GAAAGCUACUAGGUAGCCUCUCAGAAUAACCAGCUCUUCCUUUGUCUCCGUACAGUAUCGUUAUGAUUACUCCAUACGGUAUUAUAUGACUAAUUUGACUCGAGUUUUCAAGGGGCGGAGGCCGGGCAGAGGAGCUUUGCUACCUAGGUACCCUGCAAAGAAUCAUUUAUGCUACCAUGUUAGGUACCUAGGUAUCUGUCAAUUAAGCUUAUCGGGGCAUUCGUAGGCUACCUCUUCGUACAUAGAUUUAUUUAUGUAGUUACAAUAGUAGGAUCCUACCUUAUAAAGUCGUUAACUAUCUAGGUUAGGAGGUAGGCUUUGGAAACUUUUGAACGUUUCGCGUUUCGUAACAGCUUCGUUAUAUACUACUAUUAUACUACUAUUAUAUACUACCUAGGAGCUAGCUUUUACGUAUAUAUUGUUAUUGUUAUUGUUAUUGUCACUAUUAUUGCACUUACAACAAACGCAGAAUCCACCAUUUUAAUGUUCGUCUCUUUGGAUCUGUAAACAUCUUCAAUAAACUACACCAUGACAGGCACAAUCAUCAUCACCGGAGCAAACGGCUCUCUUGCAAUCCCUGCUGUGAAUCAUCUUUUAACCAAGUAUCCGGACUACGCGGCGGUUCUGACCGUUCGUAAGACGGAGGAUACAGAUCCCAACACCAAGAAGCUGCGCGAGAUCAUUGCUAAGUUUCCCAAGGCUCAAACAUCCAUCCGCCAACUCGACCUGGCCAAUCUCACCGCUGUACACGAAUUUGCAAGCACGAUUGCUACCGAGAUUGCAGAAAAGAAGCUGCCACCGCUUGCUAGUAUUGUCUGCAAUGCGUAUUACUGGAAUUUGUCUAGCGAUCCCGAAUUCACGGCAGAAGGAGUCGAGAAGGCGAUCCAAGUGAACCACAUUUCCCACGUUGCUCUGGUCCUUCGACUACUGGGUAGCUUCAGACCCGAAGGUGGCCGUAUUGUACUCUUCACUAGCAACGCCCAUUUCCCCGGCAAAAAUGGCUUGGAGAAAUACCCGCCGGCUAUCCCGGACGAUUUAGAUUCCUUAUUGAAGGCUAAGUCGGAUGCCGACAAGCUAGGACGAGGCAUGAAUAUAUACGGAAAUUCAAAGUUGGCCAUUCUCAUGUGGGGAUACGCGUUGAACAGGCAUCUCGAGAAGGAUGAGAAGCUGCGCAACAUCACAGCAAUAAUAAUUGAUCCCGGCAAUCUGACUGAUUCGCGUGCUCUACGCACGAACACACCUCUGUUCCUCCGCAUUGUUCAAAGAUUUGUGCUUCAGCCUUUGCGGCCACUCGUUAGUCUCGCAGACCCAAGUUACCGCACAGCAGCAAAUGCAGGUAUAGAUGUGAUAGAUCUUGCUACAAACAAUGUCUACCCAGGAGAGCGCGGUUAUCUCCUUACGUUAAAGAAAGAGCCCAGCUCCCCUGAUAGUUAUAAUGAGGAUAAGCAGGAGAAGCUAUGGGUUAAGAGCGCCGAGUGGGCAAAGGUUACCAAGGAGAACACCGCUAUUGCGAGCAGUCUUUGAAUGAGUGGGGGACGGGCUUUCGCGGCAUGUUGAAGCCUAAGCUUUUUCAAGAGCGCAGAAAAAUGAAGUUAUUGCCGAGUAGUAU